GAGCACCUGGUCAAUGAGCAGCUCAAGUCAGACCUGCAGCAGGUGCUCGAGCGGCGCGACGCGCUGUACGAGCGCAUCGCGCACUGCCUGGAGUUGCGCAACAACAUGACGAUGCUGCUGGACGAGCAGCUGCACUCGCUCAAGACAAAGGUCAACCUCGGCUGUGACUUUUACGUCGAUGCGAGCAUACCCGACACGUCGUGGGUGUACGUGAGUGUCGGGCUCGGCUUCCACGCGCAG